UUUUAGGGUUCCCUGUGCAAUUAUUGGAAUAUAUAUAUCCACGUUAUACGCAAUCUAGGGUUUUCUCUGUCUCUGUAGCAAUAUAUAUCCAUUACCUGUACGAUCAGAAUCAGCAGCCGCCCAAAAUCGAAUCGAACAGGCAGUCUAGAUGCUUGAACAGGGAACAUGUCUAGGGUUAGGGUUUGGUAGAUAGACACUCCUCUGGAGUCUGGAGUAUUUCGAUGUUCGAUUGACACACCACCAGAUGCAGAUGCAGAUGCAGUAGUAACUGUACAUUAAUUGGUCCAUCUUUUUAGCCCUUGUUUUUAGCGGGCCUGAAGCAGUGGCUUUUUUCUUGGCUUCUGCCCAGGGCCGGCCCUGCGAGGAAUUUACCUAGGGUUUAGUGUUUUCUUUUUCAAUAUUUCUUUUUUCUUUCCAUGUUGUAACAAAACUUGGGGGGUGUAGUUGGGGAACUGUGAAUAGUGAAGUGGGGGAACCUCGAUUGGGAGGUGGGAGCCACGCGCCGAUGCCUUCGGUGGGGAUGAGAAGGACGACGAGGGUUUUUGGGGCUAGGGUUUUGCGGUCGGGGAGGCGGUUGUGGUCGCCGCCGGUCGAGGGGAAGCACAUUAGGGCGUCUGCCGCUGCCGGUGGUGGUGCGGCAAAUGGGGAGGAGUGGAUCGAGCUUUUCGACAAUUCCACAGACGACGGAGACCGUGCCGGUGGUGAAGCCCAAAUCCGGCAGAAGGAAAACGGUUGGCGGCGCGAUCUUGGUUUGAAGCAGGAUGCCACGGUAAUGGAACUUGAUGAGAAAGUAGCAGAGCCUGAGUCGGUGAGAAAUGUGGGUAGGAAUAAUAGUAGGAUGUGGGGUUCUGUUUACAAGAGGAAGAGAAAGGGAGCAGAUAUUGUGGGCCUUGAUUUUGAAGGUAGUUGUAAGAAGAAGAAGACAUUGGAGGAUAAGAGGUAUGGGAAGCAGUUUGUUCGAAAGCAAUGGGGGAGAUUUCCAUGCCCAUUAGAUGAAAGUUGCGGGCUUAAAAGUUCUGUGAGACGUAGGGUGCUCUUCGCGGUUGUUGAAUCUUCGUCUUGCCGUAGCACGUUUUGGUUUGCUUGUUUUUUGGGCUUGGUUUUACAGUACUUGAGGAGGACCAAGCUGAGAUUGGUGCAGCUUUCUGCGUUUGUGCUCUCUGAACCGCUUGCUCAUGUUCUCUCUUCCCAUGGCAUUCAUUUGUUACGGGAUUGUCCUCGCAUCAAAAGCUCUGGAAUUUGCAAAAUUUAUGGAUCCAGCUGUUUUGUCCCAUUCUUUACUGUGGAUUUUUCUGCCCUUCCAUUCUGCUUUACAUAUUUGCAUUCCAGCUUGCUUCUUAGAUCUGCAUUCUUGUCGUGUAUUCUUGAGAUGCAUUCAAACUUGACGGACGAUAUAAUGACUGAAGUAGAGGAAGACCUGCCAUCAUACAUCUCUUACAAGAGAGAUUCUCCUGUAAUGGAUACCCUAACUAUUGGAGAUGAUAAUUCUGGGAAGAGGAACAGCUUACACUCUUCUGUUGGAGCUACUAGAUCAAUUGGUAGAGUUGUGCAAACUAGGAGUGCCGUUAGAUCCCGUCGUAUACAGAAGAGGAGGAGUUCUAUGAGGUCUAGAAGAAACAAAAUUCCUUCAGUUUUCCGUGGGCGGAAAACUAAUGGUGCUCUGGUUUCUAAUUUGUUUAGUUCCAGACGUGAUGGCAUUGCGUUGCCUCCUCUAUUGUCUGAUCGUCAACUGAGGAGUUCUGGUCGGAAGAUUUCCUCGCCAAACAUCAGAGAGUUGAAAUCUUCCUUGGUGGGAUUGGCACAGGACAUUGGUUCAACAAGCUGCUCUGCAAACAUUUUGGUUAUUGAAUCGGACAAGUGUUUCAGGAUAAAAGGUGCCAUUGUUAAGCUGGAAAAAAUUAAUGCUUCAAAACAGUGGUCUCUUGCAGUUAAGAAAGAUGGGAUGACGAGAUAUACCCUCACCGCACAAAAGGUUAUGAGACCCUGUGGUUCCAAUCGUAUCACUCAUGACAUAAUUUGGACGGAAGAUAUUUACAAUUGGAAGCUAGAGUUUCCUGAUAGGAGAGACUGGAUGAUUUUCAAAGAACUUUAUAAGGAAUGUUCUCAGCGCAAUGUACAGGCCCCAAGUGCUAAUACGAUCCCUGUUCCUGGGGUUUAUGAAGUACCAGGUUAUGCUGACAGCAAUGAUAUCCCCUUCAAGCGACCAAAUACGUACAUCAGUGUGAAAGAUGAUGAGUUGUCAAGAGCAUUAGAAAAGAGAGCAGCAAAUUAUGAUCUGGACUCUGAAGAUGAGGAAUGGCUCAGAAAAUUCAAUAAUGAAUCUUAUAUCGGGAAGGAGCAAUGGGAGCAUGUCUCAGAAGAUAUUUUUGAGUUAAUAAUUGAUGCUUUUGAGAAAGCUUUCUAUUGCAGUUCAGAUGAUUACCCUGAUCAGAAAGCAGCGGUGAAUCUCUGUUUGGAUAUGGAGAGAAAGGAAGUUGUUGAAGCUGUAUAUAGUUAUUGGACGAAAAAACGGCACCUGAAAGGUUCAGCCCUUGUUAGGAUUUUCCAGUGUUAUCAGCUAAGGAGAGCUCAAUUGCUCCCAAAAAACAUUCUACGAAAGAAAAGGUCAUUCAAAAGGCAGCCAAGCCAUUCUGGGAGAGGCAAGCAGCGAUCUUUCUUGCAAGUUGUGCCUGAACAACAAGAUGCUCUGGAAGAACAGAAUGCCUUACUUAGAGUCAAAGAAGCCAAAGCUGCAGCAAGUAGAUCUGAAGGUUUAGCUGUUGAGAAGCGUCAAACAGCACAGUUUCUCAUGGAGAACGCUGACCUGGCAACGUUUAAAGCCGCAAUGGCUCUUAGAAUUGCAGAAGCAGCUCGAGUUGCGGAAUCAGCUGACGUGGCAGCCUCUUUUUUUCUCGAGUGAAGUCAACAGGUAUUCCUGGUGCUAACUCAAAUGGCCAAUUUUUAUAUUCUGGGGGCGAGUGCAGUCUUGUGGCUGUUUUUGAAAGCCUUAUGGGUUUGGCGGUUCAGCAUUUGAAAAAAGUAGUGUAGUUGUGUACAGAUUUAGAUUGUAUGUACAUUCUGUAUUAUUAGUACCUCACCACCAAAUUGUACAAUGCAUUUGGUUGAUUUCUUUUAA